AUGCUGGCGCUGCUCCUGACGAUCGUCAUCACGUGCACGGUUGUGCUUCGGGCGUUCACGCAUCUGUUCACUCUGGGGUAUAUCCCUUCCCCCGUUUGGGUCAACCUGCUCCCGCACGAGGGUGCGGUCCCCAGCGCUGAAGACGACGUCGGCGUUGCGCUCCUCAAGCUUGGCACUGCCUGUAUCGAGGCGACCUCGUACUCUGGUCUCCGCAACGAGCUUGCGCCAAUCCCCGAGCCGCAACCGUUUGUGCGUCUUUCGGGGGCUGGAUGCGACGAUGUGGGUCGUCCGAAACAGUCGAACGGCUUCGGCGGCCGCAUCGAUGACAUUCAAGUCGCCGAGUUGACCGACCCCCACUCUGAGAGCCCGUACUACCGCGAGCUGCGCAAGUUCUACAAGGCGCUCGGAUCGCUCACCAAGGACACGUUCAUGAUGGUGCUUCUCUCGACCCCGGUCGGACGCAAGAUCUACACGUCUGCGUGGAGGGCGUGGUACGCUCGCUGGUGGUACGGCCCUCGUCACUGGAAGUUCUGGCGCCGCGCCGCCUGGCGUGGACCUCGUCGCCGUCGCUACAUCCCUGAACCGCCCUCGCUGGCCAAUUGGCCGACCUCGGGCUGGUCCAGCGCGGUGCGGGUGCGACCUGAGAUUGUCCCUGAGGUCGUCGAGGCCGAGCCUCAGGAUGAGCCGCAGUACACCUUUGACCAGGUGCUGCGCGGCGAGGUCGUGAUCGAGGACGACGAGGAUGAGGCAGGUGACUGGGUGGACGAGGCAUCCGACGAGUCGGACACCAGCGAUAUGGAGGACGACGGUCAGCCUCAGCCCGAGGACGACCACCAGGUCGCUCUGUACCAGGACUUGGUGCAGGAGGACGGCGCGGCGCUGCAGCCCAUCCUGCUAGCACACCUGACGAGCGGUGCGCCUCUUACCCGUCGCCGAUACAACGCGCUGUCUAAGCGCCAGCCUAGCACCGAUCCGUUCGCCGCCGUCGCCGCCUCUCGCCGCGCCGAAGUCACCAAGAUAACCGUUUCUGAAAAGCUUUCAUUUCAACCCAAGCGCCAACUUUAUCUUUUCCCCUCCCCUAAAACUCCCUCCGAUUACAUCAACGAGCAGGCAUCUGCUCAAGGCGCACGUCGCUACAUUUUCACCAUAUCCACCACCACUCCCACCACCCCCGCCCGCCCUGCAAAGGACACCAAGAUGUCGACCGUCAACACGUCCAUCAAGCUCUUCACCGGCCUCAUUAAGCGGGGCUGCGGUGCCAAGCAGUGGAAUUUUGGAACCGAGACUUCCGGUUCCCAGCUCCGACAGCGAUGGCCGCACCGGCGGAGCUCAGCGACGUCCACGGCAAAGCCCACAGCAAUGAGCGCCGCUGCUGGACGGCGUUCCGAACGCUGCAUGAGCAAAUCCGGGGCCGCAUUGUCUAUCGGAGCUGGCUGGGGCGGUCAUUUCAUGGGUCAAGCCCCCAGGGGGUUCCCUAUCGCCCACCUCAGCCAUCGUACCUCCCACCCCGAGCUAGCUCACCUCAUCGCCAAGCGUCUCGGCAUCCCGGUGUCCCGCGCGAACGUGAUCCAGCCUCCUUCCGGUGAGACCAAGGUCACCAUUGUCGAGUCGGUUCGUGACUACGAUGUCUACAUCCUGAACACGGGCGCGGGAGCGGUCAACACCUCGCUGAUGGAGCUGUGCAUCAUGAUCCACGCGUGCAAGAUUGCGUCGGCUCGCCGCAUCACGGCCAUCAUCCCCCACUUCUUCUACGCGCGCCAGGACAAGAAGGACAAGUCGCGUGCCCCGAUCACGGCCAAGCUCGUCGCCAACAUGCUCCGCGAGGCCGGCUGCGACCACGUUAUCACUAUGGACCUGCACGCUUCGCAGAUCCAGGGCUUCUUCGACGUCCCUGUUGACAAGUGA